CCUGGGUCAAGACUGUCUUCGAUGGGUUUCAACGGCGGGCACGACGAUACGACUGUCAUAUGAUUCUAUUGAUAGAAUGAUACCACAGCAAGCAACAAGUCCGCAGUAGAGCUGGGGCGAUCAAGUCUAUUCCAUCAGGCACAAAGGAAUCAUGUCCGCAGAUUUCUGGGCCAGCUACCUCUCUGGGGCUUUGGGGAUUCUGAUUGGGAAUAGACUCGAUGUCCUGAAAGUAAAGGCUCAGGCAAGCCCAGGGAGCACAGUUGCAGCUCCUCAGCAAGAGCCGGGAACGACAGCGUCACGGUUCACUGGCCUAUUCCGGGGGGCUGCUGCACCCAUCCUUGGGUACGGCGCUUUGAACUCGAUACUCUUCAUGUCAUUCAACCGUUCAUUGUAUUGGAUGGAUCCCAGCAUUGUCGAUUAUACAAAGCUUGCAGGAGUAGACCUAAGCAAGAUCUGGGUUGCCGGUGCCCUAGGAGGGUUGGCAACAUUUGUGGUUUCAGCACCUUCAGAGCUCAUCAAGUGUCGAGCUCAGCUGAUUGUGGACGGGCAAGAAUCUUCAUACAAGGUGCUAAAGUCCAUUUGGAGUCGCCAUGGACUGCGUGGACUCUACUAUGGUGGGGCUAUAACCAGUGCCAGGGAUGCUUUCGGCUACGGUUGGUAUUUCUGGUCCUAUGAACUCAGCAAGAGGUUACUCUUGUCAAGACAAGCAGAUCCCUUUCUGGCGCCUUCUACCACGGAUGUCCUCAUCAGCGGAGGCAUUGCCGGGGUUGUAACGUGGGUGUCAAUAUACCCACUCGACGUGAUCAAGACACGUCUACAGACCCAACCAUCGUGGCAUCCAGAGCAACAAGGUCUUCUUCGGAGUGAACAAGCAGCAAUUUCUCGAUCAGUACAAUCCUCCCUUGGCAUCGCCAAAGACGUUUGGCAGACGUCUGGACUUGGAGGAUUCUAUCGGGGAAUCGGGAUCUGCAGCUUACGCGCAUUUGUUGUGAAUGCGGUGCAGUGGUAUGUUUAUGAAAGAAUUAUGGCAUUCUUUGACCAUAAGCAGUGACCAGGUUACUGGUUGGAGGAUGACGGCAUGAUGCCGGGCCGUAACAAUGCCGAAGGUCAGGUUGUCAUCUGCCUCGUCGAGUCGUCAAGUCGUGGCAAUGUCUUCCCAGUGUCUCUAGGAAACAGUGUCUCGGGCAAAGGCAGGAAUGUUACUGCUGUUAUAAAAGGCCCCUUUUACAAAGUCUAGGCCUGCACAUCCUCCAUAGCGGUAUGGCUUGACUCGGUCUCGCCACUCUGUUUAGUACCAUUGUCUGUGCCGAGGCCGAUGGCAGCAUCUGCCAGCUUUUGAGAAUGCGCUUCGUCCUUGAGCAUGCGUACCCUGUUCGUCGUCAGUGUCG